AUGAUGCAGCGCCGGCGACACCUCUCGUUGGCGCACUGCGCAUCAUCAUCAUGUCUCAAGGAGGAGCAACACUCGCUGGAUUACAGCCAACCAGCUACUACGAACUCAAGUAGUAGCAAUCGCCGUUGCCGCCGGCGUGUGAGGUGUACGGCGCGGCAACUUCUGCUCCUGACCGCAUCAUGUCUCGCGGCCCUCUCUUUCGUUCGCACCGCCAGUGCCGGACUUUCCGGCAAUUCUGUCCCUCUCGACGCCACUCAAGUCCCGGCUCUGCAGGACUGUCAGACGGAGUGGAACGUGGUGAUGCCGGCGUGGAGUGCGGGGGAGAACUGCGCCGUCGCGACUUUCGACCCAACUGAAGCCCCCUGGACGAAGCCCAGAGGCAUCCUGUGUGAUGACAACGGCAAGGUUAUCGCUCUGAGCAUGCCAGGCGAGCAACUCCAGGGAUCCCUACAUGCGUCGCUGGGAUCCCUCGCUCAGCUGGCCUACCUGUCCCUGGGUGCGAACCAGCUUCGUGGCUCCCUCCCAGCCGUGCUGUCGACACUGACUGGGCUCACCAUGCUCAACGUCUCGGGCAACUAUCUCACAGGCCCCAUUCUGGAUCGCACCAGCAUGCCGGCCUCUGCCCGCUACGAGUACAGCAACAACUACUUCACAGGCGACCUGCAGCAGGCCGACUGCGCCGCACCCAAUCUCAAACUCAGCUUAAAAUGCUUCUCCACUCCAGCAGCAGCAGCAGCAGGAGCAGGAGCACCGGCGGUCACGUGUGCGGCGCAGCGGUUGCCGGUAGUGUGCGUGGCGUUCUGUGGGAUGAAUGGCACCACCACGCCGGUUUGCAACGGCAUGGGGCUGUGCUACCUGGACGGGCCGAGCCUCGCUCCCACGUGCCUCUGCCUGAAUGGAGCCGUGCAGGAUGGAAGAAGCUUCUGCGCCCCUCCAGGGUCUGUGAAGCGGAGGGAGCUGGUGGCGCCGACCAUUCUCACCAAGGGCACAGACGAAGCGACGGCAGGCGUGUUCACACCAGACCCUCUCCCGCUCUUCACCUACCGGACGGUUCCCACCGGCUGUGGCACCGACCUGCCGUUCCGAGUCGAGUUCACGUUCUUCAUGUUCCCCACUGCCAUCGCAUCCUUUAAGGGCGCCAACGGGCUGGCGUUUGUGAUUUCGGCGACGAAUGCGGUGGGGACUGGAGGGGCAGGGGGAGGGGUGGGGUACGCUGGCAUGGACGGUCGGAGCAUAGCCGUGGAGUUUGACACGUUCACCGAUGCAGCGCACAAGGAUCUGCAAGGCGACCAGGUGGGUCUCAACACGAAAGGCAACGCCACGUCCGUCAAGGCUGUUCUCUCGCCUUUCCGGCUGAACAACCAGAUUGGUUACACCGCAUGGAUUGACUACAAGCCUGGAGGAGUUUCGGGGGGGCUGGGAAACCUCAAAGUGUAUCUGGCUGCAGGAGGGGACAAGCCUGACGCGCCUCUGCUGGAGAGGAAUAUAUCCCUGUGUGCGAUUCUGCAGCCAACGUCGACUGAUGCGUCGUUCUACUUUGGGUUUGUGGCGUCCUCUGUGGGUCCCUACCAGCAGCAGCACGCCAUCCUCGCGUCCUUCAUUGAAACAGGGCUGACAGUGCCGUCACCAUCCAGGGCAGUGUCCAUCACUCCAGCCUUUGGCCUCACCGUGUCCCCCUCCACCUUCCGCCCUGUGGGAGCGAGUCCCUUCACGCGCUACGUGAGUGCGUCCUACACUCUCUCGGGCCAGCAGGACGCCUGGCUCCUCCGCGAUCCUACCUCCUGGGACGUCACGUGGCUCAAAUGGCCCGUUAAAGACCAGGACGCCUGCAAUGCGUGCUGGGCGUAUGCAGUGGUGGCGAGCGUAGAAGCAGCAUACGGCAUCGCAACAAAGAAACCAGCGCCACAGCUGUCAGUGGACUCGCUCUUUGCAGCCAUGGGGCUCACCACUGAAGAUGCCAAGUGCGCCGAUGGGGGCUCUCCAACAGAGGCCUUUGAGAAGCUUUUGACUCUGCCCAAAGGAGGACUCACUCUAACCACGAAUGCCACUUACUACCCCAUCCAAGGUUUUGAGCGCACGCGGUUCAAGGGGUAUGUGGGGCUCAUGCUGGCAGUGCAGGGGCAGCCAGUGGUGGUUCACAUUCAGGCAUCUGCUCCCACGUUCGCCGCUUAUGAUGGGACAUACAAGUACCAGGACCCAGCAUGCUAUACGGGCGAGCUGAACCACGUGGUGCUGGUUGUUGGCUACUCCGUUGCCGUGGGGGACAGCGUGCAGAAGCGUAUUCCCCCUCCGUUCUGGAUCAUCCGCAACUCAUGGGGCGCGGACUGGGGCUAUAAUGGCCACAUGCGCAUGGACAUUCAGGGUUUAGAUGGCGUGUGUGGCAUCAACGUGUUACCAGGCAUCUACCCCAUUAUCAAGAUUCCCAAGGACCCAUGUGGCAAGAAGAGUUUCAAGGCGGAUCAAGACGUCAGUACCACCUUCAACCCGUGCGGUCGCUUCAAGUGCAAGCCCUUCCCUAAAACUGACACCAACUCCUGCAACAAGUGCAUCCUCCCCAAGUCGGCCAUACAGCCCUUUGUGGAGGUCCCGAAUGGAUUCGGCUCUAAUAUAUGCGUCUACGUGGAUGUCUGCGGGUCGCAAUUGAAGAACCCGUGUGCCGUGGGCACAUGCAUCAACGAUGGCAAGGGCUCCUACUCCUGCAUCUGCCCUUCCAACUACGUUCCCACCCAGACAGUCGACGGCUUUCCAACCUGCGACCCAGCUGAUAGCUUAGCCACCAGCUUGGCAGUGAGUGGCAGCAACUGGGCCUGCUCCGACGUUCAACCCCUCAUGGGGCUCACUAGUGCAGAGUUUAUGCAGCAGAACCCGGCUCUUGACUGUUCGAAGCCGCUGCUACUGAAUGCGGUGAUCCAGCUGGGCGGCUCUCCUGUCGUCCCCUGCACUGCCUUCUUCUAUGCCCUCUCUGGCGACACAUGUGAUUCCAUCUCCACCAUGCUCAACCGAUCCCAGUCGGACCUCCUCAGCCUCAACCCCGGGCUGAGCUGCGAGCAGGGCAUCAAGGCGGGCCGCUCCGUGUGCGUUGAGCGCAACCCCGACUUUACCUUCACUGUCCCAGAGUGCCUCAAGUUCGCCACACUCACAGUGAAGGACACGUGUGCGCAGCUGCUGGCCAGGACAGGAGACUCUGGAGAGGUGAAGGCGUCUUCGUGGGAUGAGCUGUACCGCAACAACCCCGGGCUUGCCUGCUCCAACAACGUCUCGACAACUACCUCUGCUCUUGGCAGCAGUGGUGACAUCCAGGUGUGCCUCAAGGCGGAUUACUGGUCGUUUACACUCGGCCGGUGCACCAAGGGGCGCUCCAAGUCGGUGUCGCCAUCGCUGACUUGUUCUGGCGCUUACGCAUUCUAUGGCGGCACCUCAGGCGAAGCAGCUGCCAUGUUUUCUGACUACAACGGCAACGCCUGUGCCAAGAAUGUUGGAUCCAAGUAUAUCUGUGUGCCACGCUAG